CCAGCAGCACGGUUUGCAGCGAAACCAGGUGGAACAGGAGCUAUGAUCGACUGAACGAAGGACUAGGCAGUCACCGCGGAAUGAACGCUCGGAGACAAUGUAAUGGGAUGCUCGCUGCGAACAUGAGGAGGAAAGUUCGCGCCAUAUCGCGGGACCGGAACACCAGCAAUGAACUCCCAACCCAGAUAUGCUCAUACGAGGGUCCUUCGGAGGAAACCACAAUGAGACACGGCCAUCAGCACAACGCACCGCUGACGGCCUUCUAGACCGAUCGGUCCUCUCCACGCAGCUUGUAUACUAGAAUAACUCACUUGCUGUCGCCAUGCACCUCUCAACCGUUACCCGCUACGAAGCAUGGCCUGCUUGUGGAGGGUGUAAUCCCGUUCGGACCGGUUGCUUGCCAAGGGAGAGUGCCAUGGAUGUCGCGACAAAGUAGCCGUCGUAGGAGUCCGGGUUCUGCACAUAACACGCAGUAAGCGAGGGUUAUCAGGCAAGCUAUUCUGGAGAUAAUUUCGGAGAAAACCGCCGAGUUGCGAGGCCGAGGGGACUGUGUCGAUCAUGCCGUGUCGAGACGAUAUUGGGAGGCCGACUUGGUUGGGACAAUUGCCAGAUUAGGCCUUGUAUUCGCGACUUGGCAGCUCCCACUAUGCGCGCCAUCGGCAGUCCAGCCCCUCCGCCCGUUGUGUUCUCGAUAGGCCCGGAUCUAUGUCUCUGUCCAGCUCACUGCCUGAUAUCAUGCGUCUUCGACGGUAUGAGUGAUGGUCGUCAUGACUAUUGGCCCGGCCUUCGCGGUCAACGGCCACUACCUCCCACAGCGUCAGACUAGUCAGCAGCCACGAGUAGUCU